UGACACAUAAAGGGAGAAAGCGCUGGAGAGCAGAGGGAGCAGGGCCAGUCACUCAGCAGAGGGAGCGCAGGGCAUGCGGGUUGGGAAGCCGGGCGAACCAGCCAGAGGGAAGGGGCGUGAGGCUCGGGGGGAGCGAAGGCGCCAGGGGCUAGUAAGUGACUCGCCAGGGCUAGGAGCCGCGUGGUGCCUUUCUCGGCUGCUCUGCCUCCUUCCCCUCCGAGAUGCCCAACUUCUCCGGCAACUGGAAGAUGAAGCACUCGGAGAAUUUCGAGGAGCUGCUGAAAGCUUUGGGUGUCAACGUGAUGCUGAGGAAGAUCGCGGUGGCUGCAGCCUCCAAGCCGGCCGUGGAGAUCAAGCAAGACGGCGAGACCUUCUAUAUCAAGACCUUCACGACGGUGCGCACCACCGAGAUCAACUUCAAGAUCGGGGAAGAGUUUGAGGAGCAGACUGUGGAUGGGCGCCCCUGCAAGAGCCUGGCCAAAUGGGAAAGUGAGAACAAAAUGGUAUGCGAACAAAGGCUGCUGAAAGGGGAAGGGCCCAAGACCAGCUGGUCCAGGGAAAUGACCAAUGACGGAGAGCUCAUUCUGACCAUGACAGCCGACGACGUGGUCUGCACAAGGAUCUACGUCAGGGAGUGAUCCGCUCGCCAGGCAGCAGCUGGUACUCCUGGCCCUGCCCCACUUGCCGAAUUCAGCCUCUCCGCCGACCUUUGUAACCACUCCGCCGGACUCCAGAAUACCCCGUUUACAUGAUGCAGACCAGCGGCGCUGCUCCACUUCCCAUUCCGCUAUCAGCUGAUCUCCUUCCCUCACCUCCUGCCUGCCCCUAUUACAGACUCUCGUUGUCCAUGCGCCGAUGGCUUAAGGCCACCCACAGAACAAUGCGGACUCCUCCUAGCCUCUUGUCCAAGCAGGUGACUGAGGGGCACAGUGUAUCCGCCUCCACCUCAGGCACAGGUGAUGCUAAUGAAGCUGUAACUCCCUGUGAUGGGGGGGUUGCCUCGUCUGCCCCCGGCUGGGGAAGGACCCCCUCACGUAGCCAGUUCUCAGAGGGUUCUGGAGAAUGCCCGUCUGUGCUCUGCUGGGAGAUGGCCCUGAGCCAAAGCCAACGUGCUGCCAGCUUUGGAUCAGGCUUGUGUGCCCGAGCAGACCCAGCGUUCCCCCUGAAGUCACGGGGAUCAAGCUGUGACUUGGCAGCCUGGGAUUUGCUGGGCGGAGGGUCCUGAUUUGCAAGUUCUGCAUGAGCUGGGCCAGGUUAAGACAAGGAGGGCCGCAAAUGCCUUGAAAUCCAUUGGCGUUCCCUCCGCCCAUGGAUUUAUCCAACAGCUGCCAAAAUGUUCGGCAGUUCUGACAUGCAGGUGCAUGUCUGGCAGCGUUGUUCCCAAGGCCUGAUUUGGAGUUAUUCAGUCCCUGCACUUGGCAGAGGGCUGGGGAGGGGACGGGGUAAUGUAGCUUUGCCCUCCUCCUGUUCCAGUGCUUUCCCCAGCGCUUGAUGUAAGUUAGAGCAGCCACGGGGUUGCUCUUCACUGUGCUCUGCUCCCUGGGUUCUCCCAGAUGUACGGCGUGGCACUCUGUAGUGCAGUGCUCUCUGGUCGCACGCCUGAUUCCUCAUUCUCCGGAGCAGGGCUGGUGGAGAGCCCUCCCCGCCCCCCCUGCCAGCUGCACACCAUCCGGGGAGAUCCUCUGACAGUUGCACAGGCUUAACUAGAAGGGAGAAUUUCACCUGGCGCAAACCCCUUUGUGGAUGCUCUCUAGCCGGAAUAAGAGCGUCCUCAGGCAGGGGGCAACUUUCCCAUGUAGACAAAAAUUGUGGCUCCCGUGGGACGAACAGUGUAGCAGCCACCUGCCACAGAGGCCAGAGAUCUUUCUAAACGAGGGCAGGAUCCACAGUUUCCUGGGCUGUAAGUGACGUGCUCGGAAUGUACUUGAACAGUGGGCAAAAGGAGAACUGAUUUUCAUCUCCCCCCACCUCCGGGUGGAAUUCACCCCCGUGCACAAAGCCCCGUGUAACCUACCCUGAACAGCUCCCUUAAAUUCUCAGGUUCCUGGGUUAAGUUCCCCCUGUGACCAAUUUACACUGAUUGGUACCAGGAGCUACAUGGGAUGGGUUUUAUUUUUCCCUGUGAAAACUAUUAACAGAGACAACUUUGAGGUUUUCAUUAAAAUAAUCAUUUUUCAGUAACACCUCACAUUUCUUCUGUCCAUGACCAGGUCCACGGCAUUAAAAUGCCUACAUGCACAGCGGGCGGGAAACGUCCCCAUGGGUGCAUUUCAGUGAUCGUGUAUUGUUUUAAAUGCGCCACCGAAACGCCAUGCAAAAUGGAGCAGUGGCGUGGGAAUGGGUGCAUUGCCUUUGAGCCAGGCUUGUCUUCAGAGGCACAUGACAGCUGGGCCGCCUGUGAUUUUAGCAGGGCCUCUGCUACACCUGGUUAACAGUGUGAGAACAAAAAGGGUGGGUUUUUGUUUGUUGCUGUCAAGAAAUGGUCUUUUUUUUAAAUGGCCAAUUUUUAGGGAAAAAUCAUUCAUUUCA